AUGGAUAAUGAUGACAAUCCACUCUUCGCGUUUGCCUACUCUAACCAUGGCUCUCCUUCCUCUGCUUCCAGCGCCUCGUCUGCCUCCUUCACCGCACCAGCAGCUCCACCCCAUCAGCCUCCCUCCGCGUCCGCUCUCAUGAUGGUGAACAUCAAGUCCCACGUCCCGGUGGUACUUGACCUUGUCAAUCCAAACUACCAAGAGUGGCGCUGCUUCCUCGACUCCGUCAUCGGGAAGUUCGGUCUCCUCGGCCACAUUCAAGGCGCCCCAACAGCUGCUCAACGCGCUGAUCCGGACUGGGUGAUGAAGGACCAGUGCCUCGUCAACUGGCUCUUCAACACCAUGUCGCGCGACGUCAUGCGCAUAGUCCGCGUUCCCGGCGCCACGGCCUUCACCAUUUGGAGCCGCGAGCUCAGCAUCACCGACUACACCGCCAAGUUGAAGGAGCUCACCGACGCUCUUGGCGACCUCGGCCAGCCCGUCUCCGAUGCGUCGCAGGUGCUGAACAUGCUGCGGGGUCUCAACCACAAGUAUCGCCACUGCAUCGCCACCAUUACCUCCACGCAGCCCCCUCACACCUUCCUCUCCGCUCGCUCCUUCCUCCUGCUGGAGGAGCUCUACGCCACGCAACAUGACAAGCUGGCGGCGCAGCAGGCCAUGGUCGCCCAGAGCAGCCGGGUGCCAUCCUCCACCGGCGGAUCCUCGUCGCACCCUGCACCUCCUCCGGCACCUACAUCAGCUGGACCGAACCACGGCGGAUCCAACGGCUCCAACCGCAACCGACGCUGCGGUCGCGGGCAUGGAAACGGCACCGGUGCGCCUGCCGCGCCACCCGGCGGCUCCUCUACAACGCCGCUUCCCGAACACUCCGUGGGCUGCGGCGUACCACCCAUGGCAGGGCAUGGAUACAACCCGCCACCGGCCUACGCCCCCGCGUCCGCCGAGCCGAACGCCCUCCUCGCCGCGCUCGCCAACGCCGGCGUACCUCCUGCGGGCACGAGCACCUCCGACUGGUUCAUGGACACCGGCGCCUCUUCACACAUGGCCUCCGGCACCGGUAACCUCAACCAGCUACGCCCCCUCUAUUCCUCAUCUUCUGUCACGGUGGGCAACGGCGCCCGAUUUGCACACCCGUCAGGAGAAGCUCCGCUGUAA